GUUACUUCUGUUCCAAAGAUUGUUCGAAAUGUCGGGCAGUCAAUAUGGCAUACAUGGUAGAAGUGUAUGAACCGUUGAUAGUCCGUCAAAUCCGUGUCACUGACAUUCUGGCACUGUUACCAUUUCUUGACGACAGAAAUAAAGAAAUCCUACGAAACAAACAUAUGCAGUCGCCACAUGGCGCCAUGGAAUUGCUGAUAAAGAUGGUAAAACGAAGUGAAGUACCUGGAAAAUGGCAAUGUUUUUAUGACGCAGUGGCAGAAACUGAAUUUACUUACAUAAGCAUGCUUCUAAAGGAAGAGACAGAAACCCAGUACGACUACAGUAGCACUGUUUUGACACUUAUCAAACCCGAAAUUAUGAGCAGAAUUUACCUUCCUGAUUUCCUGGACAAAAUCUUUGAGAGAGAACUUGUAACGGAGGCAGAGAAAGACGAGGCAGAAUCUUUAAAUGAGAUAGGCGCGAAAACAUAUAUCCUAGACCGGGUGGACAAGCACCUACCAAACUGGGAUCACGUGUUUAUUGAAGUUCUUAAUGAAUCUUGUAUGGGUGAUUUGGCUGAACUGUUUAAACUAGUGUCACAAAUAGCUGGAGACCAUGAUCCAAAUCAAAAGAUGGAGGAAACCAGACAUCACAGACGUACAAUAAAACGCAGACGACAACAUAUCAUGAAAAUUGCUCACGGAAAUGCAGAAAAUCAGACUGAACCGAAUCAAACACAGAUGAUACCAUCAUUUACUAAUGAUUUCAGUAAUAAUACAGAAAACUUUAGUGAAGUUAGAAUGGUCAUGGAGAAAUCGGUAACUGAUUUGGCAACUGCUGUUGAUGAGCUUAAAGCUCGUUUAUGUAACAGUGAUUCAGAAUUGUGUACGACAUUGUUGCAAAAGGUUGUAUUUGAACAAAUGAGAUUAAGUAAUCAACAAAAAUCUAUAUGCAAUUACAUAGAAAGCAUGAGAAACGAGAUGAUUGAGAUGAAAACAUGCAUAAAUAAAAUAUUCCUAUCUGUUGUAAGAUAGAAGAUACGUAAAUCUUAUUACUCACUUGAAAUAC